AAGAUUCAAGAAUGAUCAAAGCUCAGUACAUGUGUAGCUCUAAAAAAGAAAACUUAAAUUAACAAUUAUUUCCAUUUUUAUUUUAUUUUAUUUUUGUGGUAAAAAGAUAAACAAUUACAACUAGGCAUGAGUGUGGCCUUUGCAUCAUCAUCAUCUUAUGUGUCAGUUUGUCCCAAGAUUCCGUAAUUACAUUAUUAUAUGUUUGAAGUGGCUGAUUUAAACUCCUAUAAAUACCCUCUCAACCCAUCCUUUCAUAUCAUCACAUUCACUAGAACACUAGUAGCAUUUUAGCUGUGAAUUCUUCCUUUUUACUCCUUCACCACUCUUCACACUACAAUGGCAGCAGUUGAGGUUGAAUCAGUUCCAGUUGAAGAGAUCGUCGCUCCAGUUGAGGCACCGGCGAAAGUGGAGGAGUCGCCAGCGGCGGUGACGGAAGAAGUAGCGCCGUCCGAAGCAACUGAGGAAGCUGCAGUUGCUGAAGCCGAGCCUGAGAAAGCAGUCCCCGCGGCCGUGGAGGAGCCAGCCGAGACAAAGGAGGUUACAGCUGAAGAGCCAGCCGAGGUAAAAACAACAGAAGAAGAAGAAGAAGAAGUUGUCCCAGAGAAAGAGGCAGUAGCGCCGGUGGCCGUUGAGGAGGAGGAGAAGGAGGUUGAUCUUGCUCCCGCUGAAGCCGCCAAGGAGGAGGAGGAGGCUGCCGUCGCCGCGGAAGAGGUUGCUCCAGCUGAAGCCGACAAAGAGGAGGAGGCUGAGGCUCCUCCUGCUGAAGUCCCAGUUGAGAAAGCUGAGGAGUGAAGAGCAGCUAUACAUGUGAGAAAGGUGGCAGUAUUUGAAUCUUUUAUUAGAGUUUGUGGUGCUUGAGUUAUUUCUAUUUUAAUGUCUAGUUCUUACAAGUUUUUUAUGUUGGGGUGUUUGGAAGCGAAAUUAUAUGAGUAAUUUGAGGGGUCCAAUCCAAAUCAGAUGAAUAUAUUUUGAGUUGGUCCCACAGGGUUAAACUUGUCUGCUUGGAUUCAUGGAGUUUCAUCCUCAUAUUUUAAUUAAUAAAAUUAAGUUACACUUAUUUCUGGUGA